GGACAGUCCUAGCGUGCAGUACUUUGGAUUGACAAUUUUACAUCUUGGAGUUAACGGGGUUGUGCCUAUGAAGGCGAAGGGUUGGGAAAAUCUGAUGGAGAAAGACGAGCUCUCUGCAAAGAAAGUGGCCAACGUUGCGACAAGCAUUGCAACACGCAUGCUGCUAGCGCGGCGUGGGGUCGAAAUCGAUAAAAUUACAAAUGGCCUGUUCCGAUGCCCAUGUCCCAUGGUCUUUCAAUGUACACUGUAGCUGAAAAAGUUCGCGAUAGGCUAGGACAAGGUAAGUUUGUAUGAAGCACCAGCUGCUUGCAACAAUCAAGGUAGGAUUAAACAGAAGAGGAUCGUUGAAUGUAUCAAGAUGAAGUAAAGACGGUAACCCUUGGUACGUUUUUCUCUGAUUCAAAUCUAAGUAAGCACUUGAAAAUUAUUGACCCGUUCUGAAGUAUGUGGUAUGCUGUAGAAUCCAAUCGCAACUUCCGAACUACUGCAAGAGUCUGGCCUUGUCACAAUGAAUCGUGUGCCGCCUUUGGCCACGUGAUGGGACGGAUUGCAAGCGAGGAGAGGAGGAGGAGAGGAGGAGGAGGAGAAGGGUUUGAGGGGAAGACGGAGGGAGGGAUGAGAUAGUAGUUUUG